GGACUCCUGAGACGGUCGGACCGUCAGCGUGUUGUGAACCAGCAGCUCCACGCUGAGAGGAGAGAAGUUCUCUGAACGUUGAACCCUGAAGCUUCUUUAACUCAGCUAGUGUCACGGGGAGAUGCUAACAGCUAGCUGCUAACCGAAGCUCUUUACAUUUAAACGGUUUGCGGUGAGAUGCUAACAGCUAGCUGCUAACCGAAGCUCUUUACAUUUAAACGGUUUGCGGGGAGAUGCUAACUGCUAACUGCUAAAGAUGAAGAUCAAGCGGCAGAAACAGGCAAAGAAAACCAUCAGCUUCUACAAAUACAACUUCAGCUUCAGAGAACCUUUUCAGAUCCUCAUCGACGGAACUUUCUGUCAGGCGGCGCUGAAGAACAAAAUCCAGAUUAAAGAACAGCUUCCUAAAUACCUGAUGGGGGAAGUUCAGCUGUGCACCACCAGCUGUGCUCUGAAGGAGCUGGAGCUUCUGGGGAAGCAGCUGUACGGAGCCAAACUGAUCCUCCAGAGGUUUCAGGUCCGGAAGUGUCCUCAUCUGAAGGAUCCUGUUUGUGCCUCCGACUGUCUUCUGUCCAUGUUGCAGGAAACCAACCCGCAGCAUUACUUCAUCGCCACGCAGGACCACACGCUGACCUCGGGCCUGAAGCAGAUUCCCGGCGUCCCGCUGCUCUACAUCAUCCUCAACACUGUGGUUCUGGACAAACCGAGCUCGGCGUCGCUCCAACGUGUCCAGGAUGUCCAGCUGGGGGCGCUGGUGAGUCCCAGCCAGCAGCAGAGCAUCAGCAGCCUGAAGGAGGAGCAGGGACUCGGCCGGACAGACGGAGACAAACGAGGCAGGAAGAGGAAAAGGAAACAGAGCAACCCCAACCCUCUGAGCUGCCUGAAGAAGAAGAAGAAGAAAGGAGGUCCGACGGCGCCGCUGAAGAAGACGGAGGACGGAGAGAAGAAGAAACGCAGCCGACACAAGAGAAGAAGAACAGAGGCGACAGACAACAAGACGAUGUGAACCUGUGACCCGUUCACUGCUGCUGAGAAUGAACGACAUGCGGACCAACUGAUGCUGACAUUCGCUUUAUUUUGAAAAACUGGAUGAACAGGCAGCAGACAGACGUUAGUCAGAGACCAUGUUUCUGAUCGGAUACAGAAUCAAACAGCAGCAGCUGCACUCAGACGAACUACAAACGGUUCUAAUAUUAAACUGAUGCAUUCAGUUUUACUUUGUCACGUUUUCUCCAACAGAUGUUAGAAUAAAGAUCAGAUCUGCUUUAAAUAAAAACACUUCACUGAGUUGUGGCAUCUGAAGGAUUCUGGUCAGAGACAGAACCAGACAGAGAAGCUGUUUCCUGCACAUGUUAGUGACGCAUUCAGCAGCAUGCAGACGUUCAUGCUUCAUCCUCUGAGAGUGAAGCUGUUCAACAUCUCACUGGGUUUAUUCAAAAUCACAAUAUUUCAAUAAAUAAAUGAUGAACUGUAGUUUGUCACAGACUU